CCAUCCGCUGCAGGACCGGCAGGAGGAGAGAGAGAGAGAGGGGUACCGGGGAGCGGGAACGGUAACGGCGGCGGUAACGGUGACGUGAUGUGAUGCGAUGCCGCGCGGGAUCACGGUAACUUAAGAGCAGCAGCUUCAUCAGCGGAGGAGGAGGAGGAGGAGGAGGACCGACGAGCCGAGCCGAGCCCAGCCGAGCCCCGGAGGAUGCUGCACUGAUCGGUACCGUCCGAACACCGCCCCGGGAGCCCGCAACCACCGGAGCACCGCCGCAGGGAUGGACGGCUAGAGGCCCGGGAGGAGGCGGCGGCGGCGGAGGAGGAGGAGGAGGAGGAGGCGCGAGGAGGAGCACCGGAGCGAGCGACGGUACAUAACGGAGGAGAGCGCGCGAGGAGGAGGAGGAGGAGGGAGGAUGAAUCCGGUGGAUGGAGGAGGAGAACCGGGCCCGGACGGCCUGGCGACGGCAGGUUCUGGUAAAGCUGAGAGCGUCCGGGCGGUCGACGUCCUGACGGUGCUCAGAGAGAAAGUGGCCUUCGUGUCGGGCGGACGGGACAAACGAGGCGGACCAAUCCUGACCUUCCCUGCCAGGACCAAUCAUGAUCGAAUAAAACAGGAGGACCUCAGCCGACUGGUCACCUACCUGUCCACCAUACCCAGCGAGGACGUCCGAGCUCGUGGCUUCACCGUGGUGGUGGACAUGCGCGGCAGUAAGUGGGACAGUGUGAAGCCAGUGCUGCGGACGCUGCAGGAGUCCUUUUCCUCCAACAUCCACACAGCGCUGCUCAUCAAACCCGACACCUUCUGGCAGAAACACAAGACCAACCUGGGCAGCGCCAAGCUCAGCUUCGAGACCAGCCUGGUGUCGGUGGAGGGUCUCUCCCGGCUCGUAGACCCCUCACAGCUGACCUCGGACCUCGGCGGCUCGCUGGAGUACGACCAUGUGGAGUGGACCGAGCUGCGUCUGGGUCUGGAGGAGUUCUCAGGUGCCGCCACACAGCUGCUGGCCCAGCUGGAGCAGCUGGAGGCCGGGCUGAACCGCAUCCCAGAACCACAGGACGUUGACGAGGCGCGCAAACUGCUCGAGGAACACGGUCGCCUCCGUAACACCAUCGCCACUGCACCGGUUGACGCGCUCGACCGAGAAGGGCGGAGCUUGCUCCAGCGCAUGCGCCUCGGCCCCUCCCACGGCGACGCCCCCAACGAAGGCAGCCACGGCAGCUGGCUGUCGGGCGGGGCAGACUUCCAGAGCGUGGCGCCAAAGGUUUCGUCUCUGCUGGACCGGCUGCAGGCAUCUCGCAGCCACCUUCUGCAGAGCUGGGGCGACCGGAAGCUGCACCUGGACCAGGCACUGCAGCUGCACCUGUUUGAGCAGGACGCCACCAAGAUGUCCGAGUGGAUCGCUCACAGUAAGGAGCUGUUCGUGCAGAGUCUGGCGGAGGUCGGUCAGAACCACCAGCAUGCCGUCGACCUCCAGACACAACACCAGCACUUCACCGCCAACUGCAUGAACGGCAGUGUGAACGUGGACAGCGUGGUUACCGUGGCGGCGAGGCUGGCGGAGGCCGGUCACUACGGAGCAGAGAGGAUCGCCAUGGUGUCGUCACGAUUACAGGAGGACUGGAAGUCCCUGACGACGGCGCUGGAGGAGCGCAGCAACACGCUCGCCAUGGCAACCGGAUUCCACCAGGGGGCAGAACAGUUCCUGCUCCGAGUUGAGGGCUGGGUCCAAGUGUGCUCUGAAGGGUCGUUGCCGUCGGCGACAGCAGAGCUGGAAGCUGCAGUGAAAAAACACCAAGAACUCAACGAGGAGAUCUCUGCCAACUACACACAGGUCAGUGAGAGCGGUAAAGCCUUAUUGGACGUCCUCCAGCGUUGCCCGGGAACCGAGUCCGACGACUCGGCGGCCAAACCGGACUUCACUGCGGCGACGCACGGCAUCAUGGGGGUUCUGCACCAGGUGCUGCAGGGUCAUCAUGAGGUGGAGGGGGCGUGGCAACACCGUAAGCUCCGCCUCCACCAGCGCCUGCAACUGUGUGUGUUUCAGCAAGACGUCCGACAGGUCCUGGACUGGGUGGAACAACACGGUGAGGUCUUCCUGAACAAACACAGCGGCGUUGGGAAGUCGCUGCACCGAGCGCGAGCGCUGCAGAAACGCCACGACGACUUCCAGCAGGUCGCUCAGAACACGUACACGAACGCAGAGAAGCUCCUGGAGGCGGCGGAUCAGCUGGCGCAGUCUGGAGAGUGUGAAGAGGAGGAGAUCUACCAGGCGGCCCGAGACCUGGAGCUCCGCAUGCAGGCCUUCAUCCAGCGGGUUGAACAGAGGAAGCUGCUGUUAGAUCUCGCUGUGUCGUUCUACACACACACAAAGGAGCUGUCGGUGUGGAUGGAAGGCCUCCAGAAGCAGCUGUCCUCGGACGUCCUGGUGUGUCCCGACACCGUGGAGUCCCUCCAGGCUCUGAUCAGCCAGCAGCAGCAGCAGCAGGCCAACACUCAGGAGGCCGCCAUGAGCGUCAUCCGGGAGGGAGAAGACCUCAUCCUCCAGCUCAGGCCCCAGGGCAGCUCGGUGGCCCACGUGGAGUCGGUGCUGCAGCAGUUGGAGGAGUCUCACGUUCAGCUGGAGGAACUUUUCCACCAGAGGAAGAUCCGUCUGGACAUCUACCUGCAGCUCCGCAUCCUGCAGCAGUGCACGCUAGAGGUAACCGGGGAAAUGGACGCCUGGAAACAAGACCUCCAGAAACAGUCCCAGGACUUUUCUGCCGAGAAGCUAGCGUCGCCGCGGCUAGCCGACACCAACCAGGACAAGCUGGCCCAGGACAAGCUAGCACUGAGCCAGUCGCGGCUAGUGGAGGCUAGCCCCGAGGCGCUAACACUAGCACAGCAGCGCAUUCACAGGCACAUGGAGCGCAGGCUGGCCAUGAACAACAUGAUUUAUGAGGUUAUCCAGCAGGGUCAUGACCUCCAGCAGUACAUCACCGAGGUCCAGGCCUCAGGUAUCGAGCUGUCGGAGGCCGAGGGCGGGACCUCCGGCCAGGUGGACGAGCUGCAGCACCUCCUGCAGGACAAGCAGAAGGAGCUGCAGCAGAUCGCUGAUCACAUGCACACACACCUGGAGCAGAAUCUGCAGCUGAGACACCUGCAGAGCCAGGUCAAACAGGUGCUGGGAUGGAUCUCUGAGGGCGAGGUGAUGCUGUCGUCCUGCAUGUUGAACUCCAGCUGCCUGUCCGAAGCCGAGCAGCUGCAGAGGGAGCAUGAGCGCCUCCAACAGGCCAUCGAGGCUCUUCUUCAUGCCGACUCCCUGCAGAGAACCCACCAGGUGGCGCUAGCGCUGCAGCAGAGAGCUGAGCUGCUGGUCAGGUCCGGCCACUAUGAUCCAGAUGCAGUGAGGUCCUGUGCCCAGAUGGUGGCGCUGCACUGGCAAACCCUGAUGCUGAGGAUUGAAGACCGACUCAAACUGGUCAACGCCUCCGCCGCUUUCUACAGGACGUCACAGCAGGUGUGCGGCGUCCUGGAGAGCCUGGAGCAGGAGUACCGGCGGGAGGAGGAUUGGUGUGGAGGAGGCGACCGUCAGCCGGAGCAGCUGCUGCCGCUCAUCAACAAACACAUGGAGCAGAAGGAGGCCUUCCUGAAGGCCUGCACACUGGCGAGACGCAACGCAGAAGUUUUCCUCAAGUACAUCCACCGCAACAGCGUCACCAUGGCCAACAUCUCUGGCCACAGCGUCACCGUCUCCGGGGUGACGGAGGUGACCGGACACUCCCGAGUCCCGGAGCAGCAGGUCAAAGGGAUCCUCAGUGAGCUGCUGCAGAGGGAAAACAGAGUCCUGCACUUCUGGACGCUGAAGAAGCGUCGACUGGACCAGUGCCAGCAGUAUCUGAUGUUCCAGAGCCAUGCUCAGCAGGCUCUGGAUUGGCUGCAGCAGUCAGGUGACCACUACCUAGCAACACACACGUCGCCAGGGGCAACAGUCACCGAGACGCAAGAAAUGCUGAACCAACACAGAGAGUUCUGUGUUUCGGCAAAGCACACCCAGGAGAAGGUCCACCUGUUGAUCCAGCUAGCUGAGAGCAUGCUAGCUAAAGGCCACGCCCACCGCACCGAGCUGCGCCGCUGCGUCUCCACGGUGGACAAACGUUACCGCGACUUCACCAUCCGUAUGGGGCAGUACCGCCACCUGCUGGAGACGGCGCUGGGAGGCUGUUCUCAGGACAACAAGGACCUGGAGCUGGAGCUCAUCCCCAACAGCCUGUCUGACUCCGACCCCGAGGUCAACCUGUCCGACCCCAGCCACCAGGUCAGCGACGAGAAGAGGCGCUCCGCCCGCAAGAAAGAGUACAUCAUGGCCGAGCUCCUCCAGACGGAACGGGUCUAUGUCAGAGAUCUGCAGGAGUGUAUCGAGACGUACCUGUGGGAGAUGACAAGCGGCUCAGAGGACGUCCCACCUGGUCUGGCCAACAAGGACGAUGUCGUGUUCGGAAAUAUCCAGGACAUCUACGAGUUCCACAACAGUAUUUUCCUGAAGGAGCUGGAAAACUACGAGCAGCUUCCGGAGGAUGUGGGCCACUGCUUCGUUACCUGGGCCGAUAAGUUCCACAUGUACGUGACGUACUGCAGGAACAAACCGGACUCCAGUUUACUGAUCCAACAGCACGGCGUCGGGUUCUUCGAGGAGGUCCAGAGGAGACACGGUUUGGCUAACUCCAUCUCCUCGGCUCUGAUCAAACCUGUCCAGAGAAUCACCAAAUACCAGCUGCUGCUAAAGGAGCUGCUGGCCUGCUGUGAGGAGGGGAAAGGCGAGAUAAAGGAAGGCCUCGACGUGAUGCUGAGCGUCCCCAAGAGAGCUAACGAUGCUAUGCACGUUAGCAUGCUAGAAGGUCUGGAGGAGGGUCUGGAGGUUCAGGGCGAGCUCCUCCUGCAGGACUCUUUCCUGGUCUGGGAGCCCAAGUCUCUGAUCCGAAAGGGGCGGGACCGACACCUUUUCCUGUUUGAGCUGUCACUCAUCUUCAGCAAAGAGAUCAAAGACUCGUCUGGACGAACCAAAUACCUGUACAAGAGCAGACUGCGGACGUCGGAGCUUGGAGUGACGGAGCACAUCGAAGGCGACCCCUGUAAGUUCGCUCUGUGGGUCGGACGGACGCCGACGUCUGACAACAAAACGGUCCUGAAGGCGUCGUCAUUGGAGCUGAAGCAGGAGUGGGUUCGCAGCAUCCGACAGGUGAUCCAGGAGAGGCGGGGUCACCUGCGGGGGGCGCUGAGGGAACCCAUCCCCCUCCCCAAGACGCCCAACCCAACGCUGGGGCGACAGAGAAGCAUCACCAGGAGGGAGACCAGUGAAGAUGCCGACAGCCUGGGUGAUGCCAGCAGUCAACCCGACACUGUCUCCAUCGCCUCCCGGACCUCGCAGAACACCGCCGACAGCGACAAGCUGUCUGGAGGCUGUGAGUUGGUCGUGGUUCUGUUGGAUUUCUCAUCUGGAGGUCCAGGAGAACUCAGUGUUCGCUGUGGUCAGACGGUGGAGCUGGUGGAGCGACCAGCGGACCGACCCGGCUGGUGUCUGGUCAGAACCACGGAUACGACGCCUCAGCAGGAGGGUCUCCUGCCGAUGAGCGCCCUCUGCCUGUCCCACUCCCACAGUGCGGCCGACAUGGAGGCUCUGGUUCCGGCCUCCACCACGGCUUCCAGCUCCUCCUCCACCACCACCACCACCUCCUCCUCCUCCAACUCCUCCUCCACCACCACCACCUCCUCCUCCAGCUCCUCCUCCACCGCUACCAGGGACUCCAGCGUAUUCGACGGUUCUUCUCUUCCUCCCACCGGACAAAGUGGCUCCUCCCCCUCGGCGUUCCAGGUGGGCGGAGCUCCGGGUUCCGUCGGUUCUCCGGGUCCCAAAAGAAGCGGCUCUGGAACCGGAAACACUCUGAAGCGCUGGCUGACCAGUCCGGUCCGCCGGCUGAGUCAAGGGAAAGCUGACGGACAGAAGAAACCUCCAAUCAGGACCAGGAGGCGGGACAACCGGCCAGAGCUGGCCAUGCCCCUCACCAGCAAUGCUCAGGCGAAGGCGAGGAAGGAGGAGGCGGGGCAUAGCGGCGGGGAGGAGGAGCCAGAGGAGGAAGGCUCCACCCCCUUACCACCACCGAUGCAGAUCAUCAAAGACCCCAACAACCCCGAGGCUCUGGAUUCGGAUCAGGGAUCGAACGAGUCGGACACCGAGCAGAGGAACAAGGCGCUCAGAGGACGAAUGUUCGUUGUUAACGAGAUGGUCCAAUCAGAGAAGGACUACGUGAAGGACCUGGGAGUCAUCGUGGAGGGCUUCAUGUCGCGGCUGGAGGUCAGAGGAAUCCCAGAGGACAUGAGGGGAAAAGACAAGAUCGUGUUCGGCAACAUCCAGCAGAUCUACGACUGGCACCGCGAUUUCUUUCUGGUGGAACUCGACCGUUGUGUCCAGAACCACGACCUCCUCGCCGACCUCUUCAUCAGACACGAGCGGCGUCUGCACAUGUACGUGGUUUACUGUCAGAACAAGCCGAGGUCGGAGUUCAUCGUCAUCGAGUAUGAGAACUUCUUCGAGGAGAUCCAGCAUGAGAUCAGCUGCCGGAUGUCCAUCAGUGAUUAUCUGAUCAAACCCAUCCAGAGAAUCACCAAGUACCAGCUGCUGCUAAAGGAUUUCCUCAAGUAUACGUCCAAAGCAGGACUGGACUGCGAGGAGAUCGAGAAAGCUGUGGAGCUGAUGUCAAUGGUUCCCAAACGCUGCAAUGACAUGAUGAACCUGGGACGCCUGCAGGGAUACGAGGGUAAGCUGACCUCUCAGGGGAAGCUGCUGCAGCAGGAGACCUUCUGCGUUUGGGAGCAGGACGGAGGAGUUUUGUCUCGCAGUAAAGAGCGACGGGUUUUCCUGUUCGAGCAGAUCGUCAUCUUCAGCGAGCUGCUGCGUAAAGGUUCCAACAACCCGGGAUACCAGUUCAAGAACAGCAUCAAGGUGAGUUACCUGGCGAUGCAGGACAGUGUGGACGGAGACCCCUGUAAGUUCGUGUUGUGGUCUCGAGGCUCGGCGGAGCGCUUCACUCUGCAGGCGUCCUCCAGCAGCAUCAAGAUGACCUGGGUGGAGACUAUUGCCGCCCUGCUGGAUGCCCAGAAUAACUUCCUGUCAGCGCUCCAGUCUCCCAUCGAGUACCAGAGGAAGGAAGGCGGGAUCUCGGUGACCCGCCCACUAUCGUCGGGGCGACCUCCUUCGGCCCCGCCCACUCCAAAUGGCCACGCCCCCCAACCUCCUCCAGACAGCGAGCAGGACGACCAGGAGCUGGUUCUGGUGCUGCAGGACUUCGUGGCAGUUCGGGAAGACGAGAUCUCGGUGUUUCGGGGGGAAAAGGUCCAGAUCCUGGCAUCCAACCAGCAGGGUCAGAGUCUGGUCUACCGGCCGGCCAACAGCGACUCGCCGGCUGCCGAAGGCUGGGUGCCGCGCAGCGUGUUGAACGCACAAUGACACAAACACACAUGUAGAAACACACCGACAGCAGGUCAGAGUCUGGUUUAUGACCGACAACACUGCAGCUACACAACCAACAGACUGACAACACUGCAGCUACACAACCAACAAACCGACAACACUUCAGCUACACGACCAACAGACCGACAACACUUCAGCUACACGACCAACACACCAACAACACUGCAGCUACACAACCAACAGACCGACAACACUGCAGCUACACAACCAACAGACCAACAACACUUCAGCUACACAACCAACAGACCGACAACACUUCAGCUACACAACCAACUGGGUUGCUGGAACGCUGGGGAAGUCAGAGACUAGCAUAAAGAUGCCGACGUCCGCCUGUCCGACACGCUGGUCCCAACCAAAGCAUCAGCAGAGUCAUGGUUCCUAAAGGCCAAACUAUGAGUUCUCUAAAGGGGGAAGUUUCAAAACGUGACUGAAGAUCCGAAGUUUCCAGGAGCCCAAGUUUUUUGGCUCGUUAUUAAUUUAAGGCUCGUUAAGUAAUUUAAGGACAGAAAGGUGGAGAUGAAUUGGUCGAUGUAUAAAUCACCAAAAGCCACGUUCCACAGUCUCGGAUGAUGUAAUUAUAACCAAAGAUAUAUUUCGUUUACUGACACAAAGGAAGGUAGGAAGUACUCCGAUUUUAGAAGCUAAAAGUGUUAAAAGUGGGUUUUGGCAUCAAAAGUUGAUUUAAAUAAUGAACUGAUUUUUGAAAUGGUCGAUGGGUGGCGCCGCAGCUAACGCUUAUUUUCACUGAUGAUGAAUUCGUUGAUUAUUUUCUGGAUUAAUUAUGACAGCAGGUCCUCAGUUUACGACAUCAUUGACCUACAGCGUUUCGUCGUUAUGUCAGAACUGGUUACUGGAACUAGUUGACGAUUAGAGCGGAUGAAUACGUCGUCAUGCGGUGCUAUCAGACGGCUUUGUUUCCAUUCUUUGGUUGUACAACACCUUGGACUGUGCUACAUUCACUAACUUUUUGCCCUUCAUUAUGGCUCCCAGUGUAAGUCAGACUCUUCUGAUGCUUGGAAAAAAAGGAAAGCCAUCUCCAUGGAAGUGAAAUUAGAUAAAAUAAAACGCUGGGAACAGGGCCAAACACCGACCAACAUCUUCCAGUUGCAGCUUUGUUUACGUUUUCACUGAGUUCCGACUUAUGUUGAAAAUCACGUAACGUCGCGCCGUCGGAACGGAACUCUGAUGUGAGUCAAGGACCCCCUGUGUUAUGUUUGAUUUCUAAAAUGUCAGAAAAUGUCAGUCAGUGUUUCCCAGAUCAAAGGAAGACAAAUCUUUUGGUUUUGGACAUGGCAAAUCUAUGUCAUGCUAACACUAGCAUACCAUCAACUGAACAACAUUUUUCUUUUCGUGGGACCCCUUAGAGGGGUCCUGAGCCAUAUGUUGGGAACAGGACAGGUGGACGUCGGCAUACUUCAGGCUCCACAUCCUUAACUUUAAUAAAAGGCCUUUUUCCACUGCAGGAAGGGUUCAGACCAGAAGAACCAUCCCUGUUGGAGAUAAACAGAUUUCUUAACCAACAGUCAUUCAAUUAUUGGAACAAAUUAAGGAUAGAAGACUUUGUUCCAUCUGAUCAGGCUACCUUUAACGAUAGACGUGCAGUUAGCCUCCAGGCUCGCUGUCCUACUAGUCUCCAGUUCAUCUUUAAAACACAAGCUCUGGCUGGAGGUCAUUAACCUCCACAGGGGUCUUUGUCAUGGUACCUACCACUAGCUAAACUGCUUGUCAACAGGAACUGUAGUCCACCUGACCACCUUCUCAGGUAACUACACCAGUAAACAAUAAGAGGCUCCACCUGGUAGAACAACCAGGUACUACAGCUGGAACAAAUAUUGUCCAAAAUGACCUAAAACUUGUCCAAGACUGCUUAAGAUUUGUCUAAAAUGACUGACAACUUGUCCAUAAUUACUUGAAACUAGUCUUAAAUGUCUAGAAAAUUGGUAGGUGAACUCCCACAAUGCUCUCUGGUUGCCAAGUUGAACUUCUGUAGUCUGAGUGACGCCUCCUCCAGUCUCUGCAGUAUUAAGCAGAAAGAGGCUCCACCUGGUGGAACAACCAGGUACUGCAGCUGAAACCGCAGAUCAUUAAGCACCACAGCAGUCUUUGUCAUGGUGCCCACUGCUAGCCUCCAACCAGAACCGGCGUUACAUCGUAUUUUUCAGGCUAAAAGGGCCAAACUGGGGCAGUUCCUGUUUCCUGCAGUGGACAAACGCCUGAUGACGGAAUGUUACCAGACCAGUAUUAAAAGAUGGAUGACACACAGACACACACAUAGACACACCCAAACACACACAGACACACACAUUCUCAGCAACAGGUACUGUUAAACUCCUCCCUCCUUCCUGGUGCUUCAACAUUCAACCAAAACACGCCGACCGGCCCCGCCUCCGUCCUCAACUCGUCCAAUCAGACGCCGUCGUCUGGACGGUCCCAGCAACCAGUGCUACACUGACGACAACACAAACAGGGAGGGAGGCCACAUGACCACGACAUCAUCACCGCCGCCGCCCAUCGGAGCAGGGACUCCAGGAAGCUGCCGUUGCCUAGCAACAAGAGACAGUUUUUUAAAAAAUUAAUAAAACAAAAGCCUCCUGGAGGAGAAGGAAAGGUGAAAGGAUCCAUCGGCCAAUCAGAACGGAGCUCUGUGUCCUGUUCCAUAGUGUGUAUAAACAGACUGAGGACACACACACACACACACACACACACACACACACACACACACACACACACACACACACACACUCCACUGCUACAAUGAAGAUGAAGAUAAUUAAUAAUAAGAGUCUGUUUUUCACCUCAAUAGAGAGAAAAAACUGUUUGUCAUAUUAAUAUCUAUGUGAGAGAGAGAGCGUGUUAGUGACGCCAUCCUGUGUGCGCGUGUUUUUUCCACGGACAGUUAGCUGGUGUCCCGGUGUAGCGUUGCCAUGACGACUCGUUGUGUUUGCGGUGACACCCUUUUCUUUUUGUUUGUUUUUUGUUUGUCUUUUUAGCGAACCAGAGCUGCCGCCGCCCCCCACCCCUCUCCCCCCUCCUCCGUCCCUCCCCAUCGCCGCCGUUACCAUAGCAACCGGCAGUGGCGGCGUUGGAGAUGCUAGCGGCGGCCCAGCUGUGGUUAGUUUGGAUAUUCUGAUUAUGCAUAUCUCGUUUCUGUAUAUAGGCCAGACGUCCAACCCUUCGUCUCCGUCUGUCCACCGUCAGACGGCAGCAACACAACCGUACUGUGACCGUCUGUUUCUAUGACAACCGGAGCUGUAACCUUCAACACACUCUCCGCCUGUCUCUCUCUCUGCCUGUCUCUCUCUCUACCUCUGUCUCUCUGUCUGUUUCUCUGGUGCCAUUCUCAGACAACACCCGGUCCUUAAGGCGACUGCACCACCGCGGGAAACAGUCGAAUCACCAGGGCUUUAAGGUGGAACGUUGAAGGAACGUUUGGGUUGUUCUGAUCGUCUCAAUGCAGCGCUCACAUGCCGACAUGUUCAAGAACGGAAGUCAAACCCAGGACUGACUAAUAUGUUCUAAUUGGACAUCAUUAUAUAGAACAGAAGUCUCUGCCAUUGUGCUCCUUUACUAACUAAACUCCCACAAUGCUCUCUGCUUGCCAAUAUGAACUUCCUGUCGUCUAAUUGAUGCCUCCUCUGGUUUCUACAGGAUUAAACAGGAAGAGGCUCCACCUGGUGGAACAGCCAGGUACUACAGCUAAAGAAAAUACUGUUCAAAAUGACUCCAAACUUUCCUACCUAACUGGGACAUCCCAACUUUACAUAUUUUAACCCUUUUAGCCAAAUAUUUGCCUAAAAAUCACCCCAAAUUUAUUUCGUAUCACAAUUAUGAUUCUAAAAUGGACAACCUUAAAUUCUGCUGAUCAAACACUCAGAGUACAGAUGCAAAUUUAAAAAGUUUUUCUACUCAACAGUUUAAUUAAUGAAUUAUACAAAUGUGGAUCAGUCGAUGUUUAUCACUCAGCUGAGGAAGCCAGUUGGAACUACCAGUCAUUAAAAUGUCUCAGUUGGUUCAAGAAUCUUUGUCCCAGUUGACUACGAAUAUUCUUUGCUACCUGAGUUCUGAUUGGAGGUCAUUAACCACCACAAGAGUUAUUGUCAUGGUGCUCGUUGCUAGCUAAACUCCCACACGGCAGUUUAAGGCAUGUUUACACUUUUGGAUACAUUUAAAAUUAGUAUCUAAAAACACCAACAGUAAACCAGAUUCUGGUUCUGAUCCGGUCUUUGGGUUCUGUUUGAGAACAUCCUGGGGUCAGGAACCCAAAUAUGCUGCCUGGAGAAUGUGAGAACACCACGUCCAGAAACAGAGCAAUAUCCAAAUUGACUUCUUUCCAUUAUUGGUGCUGUGAGAACUGAAUUAAGACGGACUUGAUCAAACUGAACAUCUCCAACACACACUGACGGCAUCUUCAAGCGUCACGUCAGACGUUCAUCAGUCGGAUGUAGAACAUUUACUGAACUAUUUAUGGGUUUUGGGAACAGCGUUUGGAAGCAGAAGUGUUUGAUUGUUGGACACCAGAUAUCUGGAACUCAUGUUGACAUUUUAACUCCUAAAACAUGUGGAUUGAGAUCAAAGACGCUGGAUUUUGGUUGGACGCUAAACAUUUAUUUUACAUUUCCUUUAAACUUUUACAGGAUAUUUUGUCGUAUUUUCUGCAGUUUGGUUCUGAUAGAAAUCAAACAUCUUCAGGAACUAAAAAGAAGCUCAGUUUAGGAUCAAUAAAGUCAUAACUUACUAAGACUUCCUUUCCAAGACCAUAAAUGCCUCAAUUUUCCAUGAAAUAAACCAAAAAUAUGGUGACGGAUAACACAAAAUCAACCAACAACAAGCCUCUUUCAACUCAAACGUUAUUUUCAGAGACGUGGUCGAUGCCGGAGGUGUGUGUUGCAUUUACUGUGGUACGAUGUUGCAUUCACGUCGCGUUGAUCUGUUGGAAUUACCAACGUCCGACUAGUAAAAAGUCCCCAACCUUCAUUGGAGAUGUUUAAAUUCCAAGGUUACGUGAACGCAGCAUUAAAGAACCCAAACUGAAACCAGAUGCCGCCUUGUUCCCUGUUUCAGGAACGGAAGAUCCUUUUAUUCAACAAGUCCAAGAAAAGGUAUUUAAAAGACACGAGCCACUUGUGAACUCGGAGUGCACCUGGAGGGUUUAGGGUGCAUGGUGGGGUGGAAGGUAGUGCACUAUGAAGGGUGAAAGGAAGGAAACAAGUGCACUGUGGAAUGUUUUCCUUACAGGUGGCUCACUGUGAAGAGUUUAAAUGUAAAAUAUAGUGCACAUUAAAGGUUCAGGAUGGAACCCUUAGACCACUGAGUUACCCUUAGGAACCCUUAGACCUCUGAGGUACCCUUAGGAACCUUUAGAUCUCUGAGGCACCCUUAGGAACCCUUAGACCUCUGAGGUACCCUUAAGAACCCUUAGACCAUCGAGGUACCCUUAGGAGCCUUUAGACCACUAAGGAAUCCUUAGGAACCCUUGGACCACUGAGGUACCCUUAGGAACCCUUAUUGGUCUAUUCUACACCCUAAACCCUGCUAGUGUGGUCUAUUCCACCACUUAGGGCUCCUUAGACCGAUAAAGGUUCCUACAGCAGGAAGUGGAAGAACCACGGUGGUGUUGGGUAAUUUAGGGUGAAGAGUAGACCACAAAGGAUUCCUAAGGGUUCCUUCGACCAUUAAGGUUUCAUAUGGCAGGAACUGGAAGAACCUCUGUGGUGUUGGGUGGUUUAGGGUGAAGAAUAGACCACUAAGGGUGCCUACAGUUGAAGAACCUUGGUGGCGUUGGGUAGUUUACGGUGAUUUUAAGUGUUCCUACAGCAGGAAGUGGAGGAACCAUGGUGGUGUUGGGUCGUUUAGGGUGAAGAAUAGACCAAUAAGGGUUCCUACAGUUGAAGAACCUUGGUGGUUUAGGUUGGUUUUAAGGGUUCCUACAACAGGAAGUGGAGGAACCAUGGUGGUGUUGGGUGGUGCGGGGGGUGUAGGGUGCUGUUUGAGACCAAGCCUUGUUGCUGAUGGGCGAACUCAACUAACCAAUCAAACAGUGUUAUUUGUACAGAACUAACAGCUGCUAACUGACUGCUAACAGCUCUCUGUCGUUGUUUGUAAUAAACUUCAUUUUUCAUCCAAAACCA